AUGACGUACCGCAGCCAUAACGUGGGACCGUCGCGUGCCUUCGAUCAUAUCUACGACCCGCUGUAUGUGGCCUCGGACCGGAAGGACGUCUGCCGGGCGAAUAAUGCAGCGCUCGCCAAAUCGGCCCCGAUCGGCAUAUUUCCCGUGUACCAGUCGAUGUUUAGUGAGCUGCCACGGUUGACGCGGAACCACUAUGUGAUGCAUCGCAAUCCGCUACCGUACUAUCCGGAGCUGCAGGUCGAUUCGAUCCGUUCGUUCGGUUACCAGCAGCAUCCGGACAGGUCGAAGGUGCUCGGUGCCGAACGGGCAAAGUUCUUCUGCCAUCCGAAUGCGGGUGAGACGGGAUGCAAUGUACGGUACGCACCGGAUUAUGUGCCCGGCGCGGCAGAAGGAACGGACGAGUACUGUGCGUGCGAUGAGUAUGAGGAGGGCCCGGACGGUCAACAACAGCCCCGUUUCCGGGAGGUAGCCUCCCAAACGAUGUACCGCGAAUCAUCCGCCCAGACGCAACCCUGGAUGCCGACGGCCGUCCUCAAGGAUAACGCAAUGCCCGCGGCGGAAAUCGUGUACGUGGCCGAGAUGUUGCAGCAUACGCGCUUCCCCGGUGUAAAUGAGGUGGAAAUAGUGGAACGGGCCCGUCGGAAACGAACCUGGGAGUAUGCGUUGGGCAGCUGCGACUCACUGGACGAAUGGCGCCAGCAAAAGCUGGUGCUGCAGAUAUUCGAAUGGGAGGAAUGGGUCGCCCGGGAGCGUCAGAUCGAUCGGUACCAGAUGCUGCGUUUGCAGCUGGUGGCCAAGAUUAUGGAGAAGCGUGAGCGGGACACACACCAGGCAACGGAGGGCAAGAUGGAGAACACCAAGCGGCGCAUCAAUCAGGUUAGGAAUCAUGCAAUGCAAAAGCUGGAGGCCACUUUCGAGCGGAACUUGCGGAAGUUGGAGCGAAAGCGCCAUGAGAUGAGUGUACGAUACGGUGGGAAGCACCGUGGACAGGAUGCAAUGGAGUCGCUGGCACUGGAAGCGCUGGCUGGAGCGCGGAAGAAGUACUCGAAACAGUCGUAUGAUUAUGAUCCAAAUCUGAUUGAAGUUGGAUUGGCCAAGCUGGAUAAGAAGACAGCAGUACCUCAGAAGUUUGUCAACCCACGCGACCAGCGUCCUGAGCUAUGGAAACCGAAAGAGGUCUGCCGUGAGUUUCAGAAAGGUUUCUGGUCCGAUAAUUUCCUGCGUAAACUCUACGAAUCGUUGAAGCAAUUCCGCAACCGUAAGGACAGUGAGCGUGCGAUCCCACAAUGUCUGAUCGUUGUUUCUUCUCCAACGGAAAGCCUCGUCGUUUCACCAAUUGCUCCGACACCGGAGAAAGAAAACGAAAACCUGUACCAGCAAGCGGUUCUGCUGCAGAAGCUGAUCAAGGGUAGAGCGACUCAAGAGAUGAUUCAUCGCGAUUACGCCAGUGAGCACGAUCUGAUGGACGAUCUGAUAGCGUCCCAUCGCUUGCCGGUGGUGGAGGAAUUCUUCCCAAUAGACGGCCAGCAUCUGACAGGCACGGAGAGAACUGGCGGUAGUGUUCGUGAGCGUUAUCUGCAGAUUCUGAAGAACGAGCAGCUGUUGGACGAGUUCAUUGAGAGUAGUACACACGCGCAGAUGAGUUCGUUGAUGAGUACGCUCGAGCGGGAGUUGACACGCCUUCAAAACGAGCGCAACACGCAGGCUUUCUAUCUGCUGGCGGAACGGGAACGUCAACUGAGGGAGUCGUCCGAAACUGAGAAUUCACCACCGAAUGGAGAUCGCAGGCAGCAACCCAGUGGCGAUGAGAUGGCGAUAUACUUAGAAAACGCAUUGUUGGAGCAGGCGGACAAUGUGGACGAGAUGCGUGAAAAGAUUCACCAUAUGGCGCGCAAGUUUGACGAGGAAGCGGAUCGUCGCAGUGAUGGUAGUUCGCUAAUGAUGACCGGUGCGGAUAUCAUGGCAGGAAACCGCGAGGUACUCGGGAGUAUCGUAGGAUCGCUCGGCGAUGAGAUGCUUCUGCCCGAUCUGUUCCGUCGCGCGGCAAGAGAAAACAUUAAGUUCAAACAGAGAACUGCGUUGGCAAAUGUGCACGAGUUAAUCUACAACCGGAAGGAUGACGAGGGACCGAGACGGAAGGCUGACGAUGAAAGGAAAGCAAAGCCGGUGCAGGGUGAAGAGGAGUGUUUGCCAGAGGAAAGACGGGUAGUCAAUGGGUUGCUCGAUGGUAUAAUCGAUAGAGCCGUAUUGCAGCCACCGGUCGUUGAUACUGCGUACUCGGAGAAUGAAGUGGAAGAGCUGCCAGAAGAUGAAGAGGAGAUGGCUGAAAGCGAUUUCUCGGCGCUUGACUAUGAUGGGUUGGUGGAGGGUGAAGGGGCACUGGAGGAGGAAGAAGAAAUUUCCCGAAUGGCGAACGAGCUGAUCGAGGACAUACUGAGUCAUGUGCUGGAUGUAUCAGAGUGA